UUUAAUAAGACAGGUAACUUAUACCAAAUACCAGGGAUAACAAAAAAAGAAGUGAUUAAAUCUUUAUACCAUACAGCGGCAUUGCAAUGACAGACUUAUACAUACGAACGACACUUACCCUGGACUCUAGCAAGCAACACUUUGGCCCCCCAGAUGCUAUUGACUACCGCUCUCACCCUGGCUCACGGGCACGUGAUGACCUCACAAUUUUCGAAUCUAUGAAAAGCACUGAAGCUGAUCCUAUUGAGGACCUGAGUGUUAUGAAGGCCUCUAUUUACAGCUACAAGAAUCGAAGGAUUAUCACACAGUGGCUACGCGAUGUGUGUGCCGCAUUCCAUCUAAAAAGUACCACGCUGUGUCUAUCAAUACAGCUGACGGACGCCUACUUGUUAGGAAACAUGCGAACCAUUGGAGUGGACAGCUGUCAGUUGGCAGCCGUGGCGUGCCUGUGGGUGGCGGCGAAGUUUGAGGAAGUGGAUACGGACCUGCCAGGAAUCUCCAAAAUUGUGGGUGUUUGCGACGGGGCCUACAGUGCUGAUCAAGUGUUGGAUAUGGAGGAGAGCAUUCUCCACUUUUUCAAAUGGUGCCUCCCUCACACAACCAUUGUUAAUCACCUAUAUCUGCAGAUACAUAUGAUCAGUAAUGCGUCACUAGUAGUGUGGAAAGAAGUAAGCGAAAAGUGCAAACCAGAUGCGAAUUCGUUGCUGGUGAAACUUCUCAGGAUUGAUCAAAAUCACCAGUGGGUGUGGAGCAGUAUUGCUUUAAAUGCGGAAGCCACGGUAAAGGAGGUACUACCACAGCUCUGCAUGGUGGAUAGGAUACCGUUGACGUCUUCGCUGGAGGUGUACCAAUUAUUUGGUGUCGACUUUUUGCUCGCACAGCGCGUGAAGCUGAACAUGAAAAUUAAUGAACUUCCAGGUGACGGAAACGGCGAAGUUCGCCUCUAUUUAUCUCUGACGACUUCGCAGAUGGCGUCGAUUUUCGUAGAAAACGACGGGUAUAUCUUUCUGCGUUUGGUUAAUUACAAUUUUCUGGAUUUGUGUAAUUUUCUCAUGCAAAACAUCGUCCUUCACGUCGAAUUUCUCCGCUUGCGGAGCCAUGUCAAUACGCUUGGCGUGCUCGGUCUCGCACUGUGUCUCUCGAGUUCCAGUGAAUUAAAAGAAAAAAAGACAGCGAUUCAGCAUAUUGUAAAAACACUAAAGAUAUCCCCCACACGAGCUCUGGCCGCUGCGGAUCUUUUAUGCACCAAGUAUAUAGAUAUGAUAGCUUCUCUGCCGCCUAGUCCUUCUCUCUUGGCACCUUCUGAUGACAUACGAAAGCGGCUUUCGUUUUGCUUUGAUCGGCAGCUUCCAUAA